AUGGCUCCUGAACCUCCUCCUGGUAGUAGCUCUAAGCCUACUACUGUUAGUGCUCUUGAUUUUGGUGAUCCAUUAUAUCUUCAUCCUACUGAUACUAGUGGUGCUUCUAUUAUGUCUUUUAAAUUGACUGUCAAGAUUUGUACAUGGGUCAAAUUUUUCUCUAAAAUUGCAAGUGAGGUUUGGGAUGACUUAAAAGAAACCUAUGAUAAAGUUGAUGGAUCUGUUACUUUUAAUCUUCAUCAUAAAAUUAAUACUCUAAGUCAAAAUGGUUCUUCUUUGUCUGAGUAUUAUCAUAAAUUGAAUACAUUCUGGAAACAAUUUGAUGCUAUGGUGAAAUUACCUGUUUGUACUUGUAAAGCUGCUAAAGAAUUUAAGACUCAUCAUGACUUAAUUAGAUUAAUGCAGUUUCUUAUAGGACUUGAUGAUGUUUAUAUGUCUGUUAGAAGUACUAUUCUUACUAGAGAUCCUUUACCUAAUGUGAAAUAUGCUUAUGCACUUCUGUCUAGAGAAGAAUCACAUAGGAAUGCUAGUUCUGUGAAUCAUGUUAAACCUGCUAAUUUUGCUUUUGUCUCUAAGUUUAAUGAUUCAAAGAAAAAGUUUGUUAGAAAUGAAAAUUUGGUUUGUGCUAAUCCUGCUUGUGGUUUGAAAGGUCAUACUAUUGAUAAAUGCUUUAAACUUGUUGGAUAUCCAGAUUUUAAUAAGAAAAAACCAUAUCAGAAUAAAAGUUAUACUAGUAAUAAUGUGAUUAAUGAAAGAAAUAACUGGAAUGAUAAAUCUGAUAUGAAUGGACAAUCCUCUAAAACUGUUAUAUCUGAUACUUCUGUUAGUUAUGGUUUCCCAUUUACUAAUGAUCAAAUUGCAAGACUCAUGAGUUUGUUAGAUGAGAAUCAGGAUUCUAAAGGAAAAACACAAGCUAAUAUGGCAGCAAACCAGCAUAUGUGUGCUUCUGACAAGAACAUGAUAAAUGUAAUUGAUGUUUCUGGACUAAACUUGACUGUUAAUCAUCCAAAUGGAACCUCUGCAAAAAUAACUAAAAUUGGUGAUUUAAAAGUUACUGAACAUAUAACAUUAUUUGAUGUUCUUGUAGUUCCAGAAUAUAAUGUAAGCUUGUUCUCUGUGCAUAAGGCUAAUAGAGAUAGCAAAUUGUUUGUUGGAUUUACUGAGUAUGCAUGUUAUAUUCAGGAUUUGAGAACAAUGAGAAGUUUGGGGACUGGUAGAGUUCAUGGAGGUUUAUAUUUGUUAAAUACUGGUAAGAUUUAUGCAAAUAAUAUGUGUUUGAAUUCUGUGACUAGCUGUCAUGUGUCUGCUGAAAUGGGGCAUUCUAGAUUAGGACACCCUUCACAUAAAGUACUUGAUGUGUUAAAAGAUAAACUUGAUAUUACUAUGGUUGAUCAAAAUGCUCUUUGUGAUACUUGUCAUAAAGCUAAACAAACUAGAGAACCAUUUCCUUUAAGUGAUCAUAAAACAAAUAAUGUAGGUGAACUAAUUCACCUUGAUGUGUGGGGACCUUAUAGAAAACCUAGUAAAUAA